AUGGUGGUGCCCGCCUCGACGCCUUCAGCGCCGCCACCGGGCGACGCCGCGCCUCCCGGCUCCGAGACCUUGCACGUGGGCGGCUGGAAGGUCGUCGUCGCCGACGGGCACGCGGUGCUGCCCGAAGGCAUGACGCACCUGCCGGACGAUGCGUUCCGCGGCCGCACCUCUCUCGUCUCGGUCGCCUGCCCGAGCAGCCUCGUCUCCAUCGGCUGGCGCGCCUUCUGCGGCUGCUCCGCCCUCGCCCGCGUCACCCUUCCCGCCGGCCUCACCUCCAUCGGCAGCUGCACCUUCCGCAACUGCUCCUCCCUUGCCUCCGUCACCCUCCCCGCCGGCCUCACCUCCAUCGGCACCAACGCCUUCCGCGGCUGUUCCUCGCUCGUCUCCAUCGACCUCCCCGCCUGCCUCACCUCCAUCGGCCACAACGCCUUCGACGGCUGCUCCGCCCUUGCCCGCGUCACCCUCCCCGCCGGCCUCACCUCCAUCGGCUGGCGCGCCUUCUGGGGCUGCUCCUCCCUCGCCUCCGUCACGCUGCCG